AUGGGCGCAGACUACUACAAGCUCCUAGGAAUCGACAAGAAUGCUUCGGAGGAGGAAAUCAAGAAGGCGUACAAGAAGAUGGCUUUGAAAUGGCAUCCUGACCGUAACAAAGGUUCAGAACAAGCCAGCCAGAAAUUCAAAGAGAUUUCGGAAGCGUUCGAAGUCCUGAGUGACAAAAACAAACGAACAGUUUAUGACCAGUUUGGCGAGGAAGGUCUCAAAACGGGCGGGGGCCCACCGCCAGGCCAAGGUGCGCCAGGAGGGUUCUCCGGGUUCAGCGGAUUCCCGGGUGGUGGACCUGGUGGUGGUGGGGCCCAAACGUUUACGUUUACCUCUGGGGGUCCCGGAGGAUUUAGCAGCAGCAGAGGCGGGUUCGCCCCAUCAGACCCUCAAAAGAUUUUCGAUAUGGGUGGCAUGGGUGGUAUGGGUGGUAUGGGAGGUAUGCCUGGCCACGACGACAUGGGGGGAUUCCACUCGUUCUCAUCUUCUUCAAGCGGCAUGCCUGGCGAUAUUAUCAAACCGCUCAAAGUGUCACUAAAGGAGCUCUACUCCGGCACAGUGAAGCGUCUCAAAGUUGGGCGGCGAUUGCUGGACGGUACAACGGAAGACAAGGUGCUGGAGGUGCAGAUUCAUCCUGGUUGGAAGAGCGGGACGAAGAUUCGGUUCCCGCGUGCCGGAAACGAGCAGCACGACGGUGAGGCACAGGACCUGGUGUUUGUAGUUGAGGAAAAGGCGGACGACGUGUUUUCGCGGGAGGGGAACGAUUUGUACUGCAGGGUCCGGGUGUCGCUUGUCGAGGCGCUGGCGGGGGGAGAUGAUGGUGGGAAGGUGGUGAAGACGGUGGAGUUGUUGGAUGGGCGGAAGAUGCAGAUCGCGGCACCGUUGGGUGUGAUCAAACCUGGUCAGGAGCAGACGAUCUCUGGCGAGGGAAUGCCGAUAAGGAAGGACGGGAGCGUGAAGAAGAAGGGCGACAUGAUUGUCAAGUGGGAGGUGGUCUUUCCUGACAGGUUGAGUGCGGCGCAAAAGGAGGGGAUCAAAAAAGUAUUGGGAUAGAUGGACUCUUUCGUUCUCGUCUUGAUUAUUCGCAACUAAGAUAUAAAGAUACCCGACAAAAUGUAUCAAUUCACUUCAUACUGUAAUUUUACAAGAC